AGGACGUAGACAAAAGUCGACGUAGUAUCCCUUCAUCACCGCCACGGACCGUAGUUUGUUUAGGUCUUCGUUUUUAUAACUGUGAAUCGCCAGCACCCUUUCCAAUUCAUCAGCAUUUGCAACCAUGGUCGCCAAACAGAGAAUCCGAAUGGCCAACGAGAAACACAGCAAAAACAUCACCCAGAGAGGAAACGUCAAAUCAUCGAAAACCGUCGCUGAUGAUAAGGUGUCGGUGGGACCAUGGCUUCUGGCACUGUUUAUCUUUGUUGUCUGUGGUUCAGCAAUAUUCCAGAUCAUUCAGAGCAUUCGAAUGGGCAUGUAACAAGGACCAAUGGUUUCUCAGCUACUCCUUGCCAGUUUCAAAUACUGCACCCAACUUUGUCAUGGAGCUUCUUUCAAAAGGCUUUUUCUUAAUUUUCAGGAUUUAUCUUUCUUUAAAGUGCAACAAUCGUAUUCAUUCUUCUCUGGUGCCUUUGAAAAUGAAGAAAAAUCAAGAAGCCAUAAAAUUGCAUUCCGAUCAAUUGUAAUAUUAUUUUCGGUGAAUUUACGUUGAUGUUGUCAAAAUUUAAAUAUCCUGCAAGGAGUGAUUUGAUUUGUAAUGUCUUGAAUAAGGUUUCAUUCAUUCCGAAAAAUAAUUAUUUUUGCAGGGGUUUCCCGGAUAGGAUUUAGAGAAGUCCAGGACUAGGCCUUAGUUAUAUUAGGAUAUUUAAGUCAUUUUUACAAACAAAACUUCUGACAAAACAGUGGCACUGAUAUAUUUUAAGAUAUGUCAGUGCAAGAUGUUUUUAAAUUAAGGCAGCCAGAACAUGCAUUUUAGUCUGGGACUAGAAUAAGCCUUGACCUGGAAACCCAUCCAAUUAAUAAUGUUUUGUUUUUGCUUUUUGGUUCACCCUAAACAUUGUCAUUUUUUGUACUUUGCACAAGGUAACUGAAAUAGUGGAAAAAUCAGUCAGCCCAUUUAGGUCACAAAUGUAAACCGUGGAAUAUGUACAGUAUGCUUAUCAAAUUAGUUUUUCCAGUUUUUUUAAUUUAAUAGCUGCCUCUUUGUAAUUUCUUAUUCUUUUAUGAAUAUUGAAUGUGAAAAAAUACGAAUAGUUCUCUGGCACAUAUAUUCUUGUCAUUGUGGUGCCGUACGGGAAGGCUUAGCAAUUCAGCUUUUGUCUCAGAACAUGAUGUUAUGUGUUGUGAUUUCGUAAAAAGAGGAACAGAGAACAAGCUAAAAUAAAAUGUACUAAAAAGAAAA